GACACAGUUAACAUUUCUGUGUAUAUUUUAAUGUGAAUCUUUCACGUUCGCGCGCUAUAGUUAUUUUCGCCCGUAAUUUGCGAACGUACGUCGUUUGGUGCGCCAGUUUUCCAAUUGCAAUUCAGAAGAAUAAGUGUGGUGGAUAUCGGUUGGAAUAUAUACGUCGAGCAUGGAGCUGAGAUCGAGCAGGUCGCGUUCGAAAACGCCGUUCGUCUCGAAAAUUGUCCAGAAAGAAGUGAUCGAACAGGAAAAUCAUGUGGAAGAAACUUCCACGGUAACGAGGACGACGCGAAGGACGACAAAGUCCAACGAUUCGUUUGGAAGUUCAGGGGACAUGUCGUCGUUUUCGUCGACGUCCACGACGUCGUUUCUGUCGAAGCCGUCGAAAAAAACAAAAUCGGAGAAGAAGAAAAAGUUCUUGAUAACGUCCGAUUACUCGUCGGAGGACGGCGACUACGAGACGUACACGAACAAGAGCAUCACGCAGAACGAGAAGAAUCAGAUAUUGGAGGACGCCAGAGCUUUGGCGAAUGGUUCUGGUGAAAUUUCUGCAUUGGAUUUGUACAGAAGUUCAGACAGAUAUUGGGAUAAAUAUCCCAAAACCGAUUACACAUACUCCCGUUAUUCGCGGGACCGUUUCGAAAUAGCGCCGGGCGAGGUGAUAAUGCCGAACAUGUCUCGACGCAACAUCCACGACGUCGACUGCAUGGUCACUGACACACAGACCAAAUCGACGAACACAGAAGGCGCAUAUUACCGCUCGAAUGUUUACAAAAGCUCGAACCUUAAACGCGCCAACCUUUUCAACAACAAUUUGGACGAGGGGUCGACGAAAACGUCCGUUUUCAAGAGCCUGUGGUGGAAGACGAAACGACGACUGAUCACCGUCAUAACGACGAUACUGUCCGUGUUCUAUUUCGUGCAUCGCGUGCAGACCGGAUGGUUCGCCAAGAUCCAUCGGUUCUGCAGCUGGGUGAUGCUGGUCGACACCUGGCUGAUGAAGAAGAACUCUGCUUGGAGAAAGGGGGAGAAGGUCGCAUUGCUCGUUUUGCUGCCUUUGUUGGUUCUAGGAGCUUGGUGGCUUUUGUCGAGUCUGGGCGGCGUACUUUACACCUGGUCGAAUUCAACGGCAAUUUUGCAGCCGCCUCUAACUACAACUACCUCACAGUUUAUCGAAAAAGAUCAACUAUACAGUCCGUCCGACGAAAACCAAGAUAAUGAAAAUACCUACCUCAUGCCACCAAAAGCUAGUGAAAUUGCAGCUGGAUUCUCCCGACAACAACUGGAUAAUAUCGCGGACGCAAUGAAGAGCAAGAUUGACAUAAACGAGCAUCUAAAAACUGAAGAUAUUGUGGAAAAAAUACUGUCUAAUCCCCGGUUUAUUAAUAUUAUCAACAACCAUCAAACAACGCAUGUUUUACAGUCUGAGGAUUUGUCUGCAAAAGACAAUGUCAUCAACGCACUUAAAGAAGAAAUAAGUAAGAUCAGAAAUGAAAUAGAGGACAAAGAGAGGGAAAGAAAGAAGGAGGUCGACAAAAUAAUCGCGGAUUAUACGAAUUUAAACGCACAAAGUACCGCCAAGCUAUCUUAUCAACUAAAACGUUGCUGUAGAAAAUCAAUAGUUAAUGUGGAAUCUUACGUAAACAGAGCUGUAACAAACUUUUUAAACAACGCUGACUUCCUCAACAAUCAAAGAGGUUUCGCUGCCUGGUUAAAAUCCGUCCUGCUGGCCAGAGAAGAAUUCGAAUCGCACAUUGCCAAUGCAACUCAACAUCUGGACGCGAAGUUCGAAGUACUAUUAGAAAACAACGGUAAAAUGAUGAUGGACGAUAUCGCCAAUAAGAUUACUUUAGCCAUGAAUAAGGUUGAAUCAACCGACAAGCACACAGUGAGCUUGGGAGACGUAACGGACGAAAGAAUUAAAAAAAUCGUGCGGGACACACUUUACAUAUACGACGCAGACAAAACUGGAUUGGUAGAUUACGCAAUGGAACCGAUGGGUGGGCAAAUAAUCACGACGAGAUGCACCGAAAACUACCAUUCAGGAAAGGCCGUUGUUUCAGUUCUAGGUAUUCCCCUGUGGUAUCCCACCAACACACCGAGGACAGUAAUAACACCCGGAAUAAAUCCGGGGGAAUGUUGGGCGUUCGAAAACUUCCCUGGUUUUCUUGUAAUACAGCUGUCGUCGCGUAUAGAAAUCGAGGCGUUCUCCUUGGAACACGUCAACAAAUUGCUGGUGCCCAAUGGGAGAAUCGAUUCGGCGCCGAAAAACUUCGAGGUGUACGGCCUCAAUGCGGAAAAAGACAAGAACCCGGUGAAACUCGGUGAAUACCUUUACGACUACAAUGGUGACUCUCUACAAUUUUUCCCGGUUCAAAACGAGGGUCAUGAAUUUCAACUUAUUGAAAUACGGAUAACGUCCAAUCACGGAAAUCCAAACUACACCUGCUUAUAUAGAUUUAGAGUGCACGGUAAAUUGAGCAGUGAGAAUAGGUAAUAGAUUUAACUAGUUGUUGUUGUAAUGUGUUCACGUAAUUUAUUUUUGUAUAUAUAGAGUUGUUUUAGUUCGACGCACAGUAUUAGACUAAGAUUUGAAUAUUGUUGAAAUGUACAUAUUAAAAGAACAUCGGAAUUUACAAUAAUGUACUUAAAGCAGUCUCUUUUACUUUUUAACUUACUUCAAAAAAUUGUUUGCCAGGAGCUUGUACCUAAUAGUCGCAAUAAUUUAUACUUAAACUGUGUUUUUAUUUACAAUAUAAAUUUUUAGCUAAGACCAUUUUAUAGAUAAGUACAAACUUACUGUAUUAAAUAUCUUACCCAUAUUAGACUUCUUGUUUCACCCUGAAUGCAACGUACAAUUGAGUUUUAUUCAGUUCUUCUCUUAAUAAUUUUGCAAAAUUCUAUUAUGGCUAAGAUUUUAUAAAAUUGGUUUAAUAAUAGUGUGAAAAAUGGGGCUGUUUAUUAUUAUUUGGCCAAAGAUGCGUUCAAGUAGCACUGCAUUCUGAAUAACACACUUGAUGCCUUAGAAUCAAACAGUUUAUAUUAUUAAUAUCAAUAUUUUUCUUGCCUUUUUUUAACACACUUUAUUUAGUCUAAUCUGUUAAGUCUCGAAAUAGUGCCUUAUGGUAUACUUGCACAUUGCGUUUUUGCAACUUACUUUUAAAUAGCAUUAUGAGUGCACGAUGUAUGAAAGUCUGUGAUUUAAUGAAAUAAAUUUAAGUACAAACACUCAUAUAUUAGUAUGUAGUAGAAUUAUAUAUCUGAGGUUUAUUUGGAAUCUUUUAUUAUAAAGUGCCAUCGACUCUUUAUACUAUCGAAAUUUUUAUUGUCUUCCUUUUUAAUAACACAACUUUGUUUUCAAUUUGGAAAAUUACGAUCCGCUUUUUAACAUUUGACAACUUAUUACGUUCAACCAAAUCAUUUCAAGUCAUAAUAGUUUUAAUUUUUAUUAUAGUCACUAGAGUUUAAGAUAAUUUUUGUAAUUAUUAUUUUUUGGAUGAAUUAAGCACAUGAUGUAUUUUAUGGAUCCUAAUAAGAUUUGUUUGAACUGAAUUUCUUGUAUUUUCAUGUUUAUAAUAAAUGUUUUUUUUUUGUUA